AGCCCCCAAGCCAAAUAUACAUGUAUUCUCCUUACGGUAAUACCGGUGGGAAUUACCCGCAACAGGGCCAGUACCAGGAUCCCAGUGUUUAUGGGAACAUCCAGCACCCUCAGCCCCAGCACGCCCCAUUCCAGCAUCAGCCACAAAAUGCCCCUAAUACCCAUCAGCAACCUCAAGGUGGUAACGAAUUUUAUAACAAUUUCUUUCAAGAUCCCGCCAGCUCCAUGGCUGCACAGUUCGCCAAGAACAGCUUAGGACAAUCUAAUGAUUAUAUUCAACAAAAUUUCGGAGCAUUCAUCCCUCCUACUUCCAAUCUUAACUACUACUUUCAAAUCAGUAAUUCAUAUGUUCUAAGAAAGUUGAGAUUGAUCUUGUUCCCGUUCAGAAACAAGAACUGGGCGAGAUUGGCUAGCACUCAAGGAGCCGGUGACGGAACUCAGUCUAGUAUAAGCUAUGCCCCUCCUAGUCAGGAUAUAAAUGCUCCAGACUUGUAUAUUCCAUUCAUGUCUUACAUCACGUAUGUGUUGUUGUGGGCGUUGUUCCAAGGCUUAAAGGGAGACUUCCAUCCUCAGUUGUUUGGGUACUUGGCUUCUCAAGCGUUGGCGUGCCUCAUUUUCGACAUUUUCAUCUUCAGAGUCGGACUCUAUUUAUUGAACUGUGUUAGUAGUGGUUCAUUUUGGGAUAUUGUGAGUUUCAGUGGAUACAAGUAUGUGCCAAUCAUCGUGUUGUUGAUCUUGAAGCAGUUCAUUGGUGUGGGGUUUGUGUUCUACGGUAGUAUCUGUCUGUUGGCUGGAUCUUUUGCCUUGUUCUUGAUGAGAUCGUUAAGGUUUUUGGUAUUACCCCCUUCUAACUCCGUGGUGGGGUCUACGGCCACCAACAGUAUCCCUGCUUCUCAGAGAAGACUCAGACUCCAGUUUUUGUUUGUAUAUUCCUUUGUGGUCCAACUUCUUGUGUUUAUCUUUAUGAACUUAUAGGAUUCAUAAGUCCCAGUGAUAGAGUAGAGGAAAACCUACACAAUGACAGGUUCUUGACAUAGAACACUGAACCUCUCCUUAUUGCGUACACCAUAAUAUAAUCAUAUUUCC